CCGAAGCGGGUCCUCGCCAGCGAGCUGCGUGGCCGUCGCGUGACGCGUGACGCGGGGCGUGGCCCGCGGCAACAGGUCGAGCGGGAUGAACAAAUGAGGGAAGAAGUUCCACCUGGACUAGCGACGACGAGGCCCGCGCCAUGGCUGUCAACAAAUGCAUCAAGUAUCUCCUCUUCUUUUUCAACCUUCUCUUCUGGCUGAGCGGCUGCAUCAUCCUGGGCGUGUCCAUCUACCUGAAAGUCAACAAGGACGGCAACAGCAUCACCAGCCAGUCCCUGCCGGGCAUCGACCUCCUCAUCGCCGUGGGUGUCAUCGUCAUGCUCUUGGGGUUCCUCGGAUGCUGCGGCGCCAUCAAGGAGAACCGAUGCAUGCUCAUCCUGUUCUUCGCCAGCCUGCUCCUGGUCUUCAUCCUCCUGCUGGCUGCAGGAAUUGUGGGCGCCGUAGCAGAGAAUAAGGUGAAGGACUGGGUGAAGGAGCGCCUGCAGAAGUUCAUGCCGCUCUCCGGUCAUCCCGAGAUCAGAGAGGACCUCGAAAAACUCCAGAAGGAGCUCGGGUGCUGCGGCCUGGUGAACGGGGCGUCCGACUGGGACGUCAUCCCGGACUCGUGCCGAUGCGCCGCCUCCGACCCGCAAUGCGGCCCCGACAAAGUCUACGCCACGCCGUGCUCCACUCGGAUCGUCCACCUGUUGGAGAAAAACAUGGAAGUGGUCAUCGGCAUCGCCUUCGCCAUCGCCGUACUGCUGAUCGCCGGCAUGGUCUUCUCGAUGAUCCUGUACUGUCAGAUCACCAAGCGAGACGGCGCCACCACCGCCUGAACUCCGAAACGACAUCAACCGACGUCCCAGCGCACUUUUAUACCGAAGGGACUCUUUGGGCCGACCGCACGUCGUCGAAGAUGAUUUUUUUUUUUUUACCGAGCAGCACCGCUCAUGACAAAAUUGACGUCCAAAUCUCAUUGGAAGAAUGGAAAGCUUUUUUUUUUUUCCCCUCCCCUCUUCCGAACCACCGUUGCUGUGUACUUAUUUUUAUUCCAGAAUAUAACACGAAUCCCAAUUGUGAUCAUCUGCUUUCUUCAACCA